UAUGCAUCUUAGUGUCCCCCGUGCAGUCGCGGAGGGGCUGGCCCGUGUUUCCGGAAUGAAUGAAUCAUUCCUCUCCUCGUCCCCUCCUGAAGGAGGACUUUUUGCGGUCCACGUGCUGCAGAGCAGUUGGGGGGCCUUCUGAGGCAGGGCCCCCCUGCGCUCUCAUUGCUCCUCCUCUGUAUGCUCUGUUCUCGGGGGAGGCUUCCUUCCGGUUGGGGCUGGGGGGAUGGAGGGAAAGGAGGGAGCUUGUAGGCCCAGCCAGAUAACUUGUUGAAGGUGUGACAGGCAAGGGACUUGGUUGAGCCUCACAGACGGUCACGGGAGAAGGGGGUGUUGUAGAGGAGAGCGCCCACGGUCAGCCAGGGGCCACGCGUUACUGAAUUCCUCUACGCCUCUGUUUCUCCAUCAGCAGAGUAAUAGUAUUAGUAUUCGUUCCUCGGGGCCUUGUGCAGAUUAAGACAAAUGUCAGAUGCGAUCACCCAGCACCGCGCUGGGCACACUGCAGGGGCUCAGCAAACCGCAGUGUGCUCCCCGCUCUGCAAAAAGAUCCAGGCAGGCAGGGAGCUGACCAGCACAGACAUGCCGGUGCUGUCCGAGGACUCCGGCUUGCAUGAAACCCUGGCGCUGCUGACCUCUCAACUCAGACCUGACUCCAACCACAAGGAAGAGAUGGGCUUCCUGAAGGAUGUGUUCAGUGAAAAGAGCCUCAGUUACUUAAUGAAGAUUCACGAGAAGCUUCGCUAUUACGAGAGGCAAAGUCCAACCCCUGUUCUGCACGGCGCCGUGGCCCUCGCCGAAGAUGUGAUGGAGGAGCUGCAGGCCACCUCCGUGCACAGCGACGAGAGGGAGCUGCUCCAGCUGCUGUCCACUCCCCACCUCAGGGCCAUGCUCAUGGUGCAUGAUACGGUUGCUCAGAAGAAUUUCGACCCUGUUCUCCCCCCUCUGCCUGACAAUAUUGAUGAGGACUUUGAUGAAGAAUCAGUGAAGAUUGUCCGCCUGGUAAAGAACAAGGAACCCCUGGGCGCCACCAUCCGACGGGAUGAGCACUCAGGGGCUGUCGUGGUGGCCAGGAUCAUGCGAGGGGGCGCAGCAGACCGGAGUGGCCUGGUCCACGUUGGGGACGAGCUCCGGGAAGUGAACGGGAUCACAGUCCUGCACAAGCGGCCCGACGAGAUCAGCCAGAUUCUGGCUCAGUCCCAGGGAUCCAUCACCCUGAAAAUCAUCCCAGCCACCCAGGAGGAGGACCGCUUAAAGGAGAGCAAGGUGUUCAUGCGGGCCCUCUUCCACUACAACCCGCGGGAGGACCGGGCCAUUCCCUGCCAGGAGGCAGGCCUGCCCUUCCAGCGCAGGCAGGUCCUGGAGGUGGUGAGCCAGGAUGACCCUACGUGGUGGCAGGCCAAGCGAGUGGGGGACACCAACCUUCGAGCCGGCCUUAUUCCCUCCAAGCAGUUCCAGGAAAGGCGCCUAAGCUACCGGAGAGCCACAGGCACCCUGCCGAGCCCCCAGAGCCUCAAGAAGCCCCCCUAUGAUCAGCCUUGUGACAAAGAGACCUGUGACUGUGAGGGGUACCUCAAAGGGCAUUAUGUGGCUGGUCUUCGAAGGAGCUUCCGGCUGGGCCGCAGGGAGAGACUGGGAAGCCCGCAGGAAGGAAAGACGUCUGCAGGAACAGAGCCUCUGGAGCUGCUGACCUAUGAGGAGGUGGCCAGGUACCAGCACCAACCCAGUAAGCGGCCCCGCCUGGUGGUUCUGAUCGGGUCUCUGGGAGCCCGGCUGCACGAGCUGAAGCAGAAGGUGGUGGCAGAGAGCCCACAGCACUUCGGUGUUGCUGUUCCACAUACCACCAGACCCCGGAAGAGCCAUGAGAAGGAGGGGGUGGAGUAUCACUUUGUCUCUAAGCAAGCAUUCGAGGCCGGCAUACAUCACAACAGGUUCCUGGAGCAUGGGGAAUAUAAGGAAAAUCUCUACGGGACCAGCCUGGAUGCCAUUCACGCUGUGAUGGCCAAAAACAAAGUUUGUUUGGUGGACGUAGAGCCGGACGCACUGAGACAACUGAGGACCUCAGAGUUCAAGCCCUAUAUUAUAUUUGUAAAGCCUGCAAUUCAGGAAAAAAGGAAGAUGCCACCCAUGUCCCCAGCUUGUGAGGACAUAGCAGCCCCUCUUGAUGAGGAGCAGCGAGAGAUGUCCGCCUCCGCCGCCUUCAUAGACCAGCAUUACGGGCACCUGGUGGACGCUGUGCUGGUGCGGGAGGAUCUCCAGAGCGCGUACAGCCAGCUCAGAGCUCUCUUAGAGAGCCUGAGCAAGGACACUCACUGGGUCCCCAUUAGUUGGGUCAGGUAACUAUAUCCUAGAACAGCCCCAUUGGAGGGGACCUGGAAGACCACCUAGUCCAGCCAUGUUACCAUCAAGGAAUCCCAGGUGUGGAGAGGGGCAGAAUUUUCCAUCAACCAGAAGAGCAUAUGUGGGCAGUCCCGUUCAUUGGGUUUUAUCUGUUGUUUUCCACUAUAACUCCCUGGAGCAGAAACUGUGAGUUGAAAGGGGGCAUAGCACACAAGAACACAUUUCCUUCAUUAAAGUGUCACAGGCAAGUUGACCCUGAUUCUUUGUACCAGAGUUAAGUAGCCCCUGUCUCUUGGGGAUGGGGGUGGCGGGUUUAUACAGUGCCGAUCUGCAGGGAUGUAGGCUUUAGAAGUCGGGUGACGCCUCAUGGAUCCCGCUCUGUUGGAAGUUGAGUUGCUUUACCCAAGGGGAUUUUUCCAUGGAACUGAAGUCCCCCUGUCUCCAAGCAUCACAAUGUGAAUUUUCACCUUGUUGAAGGCAAGUGCUUGCCGGGCACUGGAGAACUUGCUCCUCUGCCUUCUUAAGCAGUGGGCAUACAUGCACUUCUACGGAAGACGGAGGCACUGUGCUGACACAGGGAGGUGUUUUCAGGGACUACUGAGGAAGGCAAGGCUGCUUGUCCCCUUUCUAAAUAGCCCAAGACUCCUACAACGGAGCCCUUGCUUUGUCUGAUUGGUUCUGAUCCAUCCCUUGUCCCUCUCAUUACUGACAGCGGUGCUGGUUCUUGCCUGUCCCUACCUUCAGAUGCUAGGGCUUCCUGUCGGGCGAGAUCAUGGGAAACCAGAUGAUCCCUCUUGUCGAAACUGUGUCUGAGUCAGGAUACAUCAGUCCUGACUGUGAACAUCAGAUUAUAUAGACUCUGAGUGAGUGGCUAAUGGUCUCUCUCUUGAGCAAAACUGCCAUACAGGAUUUGUGACAUAUCUUAGCUGCUCGGAGAAUUUUAUUUCUUAUUAAUAGCCAACGUAUGUCUUUAUUCUGUGCUGGGAGCUAUGCUGUGGCCUUUAAGUACAUUACUUUGACAAAUACUCUAAGCCUAUAACAUAAGAUUCUAUCAUCGCUGUCAAACAAUAAGAAUAAUAAGGCUUAGGAAGUUUAAAUAACACGUUCAAGCUCACACAGCUUUAAAUAAAUGGCAGCGCUGUAGUAUUUGAGCCCAAGUCUCCCUAAUACCAGAGAUGGCCAUUUGUCACUAUGCUAUACUUUCAUUGUUUUUGUGGAUCCAUAAUUGAGGCUACCUGUUAAAUAAUUGGCUUAUAAGUGAGGAAUGUGUUCACAGCUAGGAUUUACAGUAACAUGCAGUGUGGCUGUAGCUUCUCCUACUAAAAAGAGGCUCUUACACUUGUACAUUUUCAAGCUCUUUUCCUCAUGAGAAGAAAAGGCGGCCAGGUUAAGGGCGAAGCGCCAUGGAGAAGGUUUGGAAAUUUCCAUUUUGCCUUGUUACCCAAGGACACAUUUGCAACUUUCUAUCUAGCUCACUAACCUGGUGGGUUCACCUGACAGGAUCACAUUCUUUAUUUUAUUUUUUUAAAUAUAUUUUUAUUGAUUUCAGAGAGGAAAGGAGAGGGAGAGAGAGAUAGAAACAUCAAUGAUGAGAGAAUCAUUGGUCGGCUGCCUCUUGCACGCCCCACGCUGGGGAUCGAGCCUGCAUGUGCCCUGACCGGGAAUCGAACCAUGAUCUCCUGGUGACUAGGUCGACACUCAACCACUGAGGCACGCCAGCCGGGCAGGAUCACGUUCUUUAGACCUUUCUAGCAAAAGGAUGAGGACCGCUUUGCACUUACAGAAUAUUGGAUUCUUAUCAAGUGAAAUUAGUCUGGAGCUGUCUCACAUAGAACCAGGGCAGGAGGCGCAGCUGCCCCAUGGUGAGAAUGACACAUGCAAGGUUGUGUGUAUUUCACAGGAGAGCCGUGAUCUAAAGUCAGCUCCCAGGCAGAAAACAGGUCAAAAUUACUCUGGAAAAGUCCCCUUGGGAGGCACGUUGGUGGAGAUCCUCACCAUCUCUUAGUAGGUGCCACCCAGAUGCUUUUCCUCUGGAGGAGGAACACGGGGGUUGAGCACCGGGUGACUUUUUGUUGUUGUAAUUUCAUACUAUUCCGCAGCCAUUUUCUUCUUCUUAAUAUUUUUAUAUAAUUAUCAGAGGAAAUGGUAAUAAUUCUCUUUAUGUACAUGAUGAAGCAAAGCAUUGAAACAUGAUGCCUGCUUUAUUUCCCUAUCGAAGUAGUUUUCCAGCUUUCCCCCCACCCCUAAGACAAGCUGUGCCUACAGCUGUUUGCUGUCUGUGAGAAUAGAAUGAAUAGGGCCCCGGAGGCAGCGGUCCAUUUAUAAAGUGUUUCUCCUGUUUGUGAAAAGCAGAAGAGUGGUGUUGAAAAAAUGCAUCUGUUUACACAUAUAUAUUGGUGGAACGUGUGUGAAUGCGACUCCAACUCCCAUUCGAGCUAUUAAUUUAUACUUUCUGAGCUCCUGGGCAAAAACUUCACACAAGUCCAUCAGUCUGGGCCUCCACACCAAUAAAUCUCUUUAUUACAUACUCCUCAAGAUGUAUCCUUUUCCCCCCACCUUGGGCUUUCAACCUCAGAUAAACUCUCUGCCUGUGUCUACAGCCAGAGAACUUGUGAGCUCUAGAGGAUUAUUCUAGGUCAGGGAUGUUAAAUGGGUGGGGCAUAUGUGCUGCAAUCACCCAUUCUUGCACUCAUGGCAGACAUUACUAAUUGAUCACAGCACUCUCCUGCUGAAUCUAGGCACUGCUUUCCUAUCUUUCCGGACACAAUAUCCAGUAUCAAUUGAGCGGAAUUAGCCAGUGAGUCAAUCCUGUUUGCCAUCCAUGAUCCAGUGAUUUGUAACCUCCUCUGCCACCCACUCCACUCCCUGCAGGAGAUGGGUUUAGACAGUUACAACCACUUGUCCGUCACAGGUCGUGCUCAGCUAUGUUAAACAUUAGUUGAUCAUGUUUGUAUGUACCAUUGUAGUUUCAAAUAAUUAUACAUGUUUUAAGACAUGUGGCCCAUCAAAAUUUUGCACCCACUUAUCACAUCAUUUAUGCCACCAAACACAGGAUCAUGAAUCCAAAAAAUGAUAGCACUUGUCAAUGUGUUUAUUAACUAAAAACCAGCAUAUGUACAAAGCCCAUUCUCGAAUCAUACAGUUCGGAACCAAGAGGCAUGUUCUAUCCGGUAGACUUAUUAUGGAUCCAUUUCUUACUCUGUCCUGCCUUUUGAGCCUCAUUCUAAUUUGGGGAAAUUUCCUCUCUUAUGAAUUCUGGUGAGAAACAGAACCUGUGUCCAGAAGUGGGAAAGGUCAGUUACUCAUUUUCUCAGCCUCCCUUGCAGCUAAGGAAUGGACAUAUGAUCUGAGUUACACCCAUCAGAAAUACCUCUACUGACUUGGAAUUGGGAGCUCGUGACACAACAUGGCAGAGACAAUGGAGACUUUUCAGACACAGCAGUUGCCGGUCAGCAAGACUGAGUUCUAGUGGAGCAGGCCUGUAGCACCCACAGACCAGUUCUACAGCAAGAUUUGGGGUGUUGUUCCUUGAUGUGCAGCUUGAAGCUUGGUUCUGCAGUUUUUUUUAGCAAGUAUUGUUAAUUCAUAUUCUUUUAAUAAAUUAUUUCACUACUUAAAUCAGACCAAGUCAGUCUCUGUUGCUUGAAACUAAGAAUUUUAAUUGAUGGAGGCUGCAGAGACAGAAGGGACAGAAUCACAGGUUGGGGGGCAUAUUAACAUACUUUGCAUGCCAUGUUUAAAACUAUGGCUCAUUCUGGAAGGAAUGGCAAGUGACAGAAGGUGUCAAAUUAGAAAGUGCUAGGGACAUAUUUUUGCAUCACUAAUACAGUUGUAAAUCACAAGCUCCUGAAUAUGAGCAGUAACACACACAGACUGAGAAGUAGGACUGGUAGCUUGAAAAUAUGUAGCGAGGGGGAAGGGAUGAAAGGAGGAGUGAAGUGAAGGAUGGCCACCAGGCUUCUCACUGAAUGUCUAGACUGGUGGUGGUUCCUCGAACAGAGAUGAACUGGAACCAGUUCAAUAAGGGAUUUAUAUUUGGACAUAUGUCUUCUUUAAACUUGUCAUGCUGAGAUAACUGUAGAUUUCCAUGUGUGUGAUAAGCAAUACAGAUAGAUCCCGUGGACCCCUUACCCACUUUCCCACAUGCAAAAACUAUAACACAAACAGGAUAUUGACAGUGAUAUGGUCAUGAUACAGAAUACUUUCACCCUUGAUAUAUUGGACAUCAUCAAAAUUAAAAUACUUUGCUCUGUGAAAGACUCCAUGAAGAUGACAAAAAGACAAAUUACAGACGGGGAGAAAAUAUUUUGCAAAUCACAUAUCCAAAUAAGGGCUUGUAUCUAGAAUAUACAAAGAACUUUCAAAAUUCAAUAUUUCAAAAAAGAACAAUCCAAUUAGAAAAUUGGCAAAAGAUACGCACAGACAUUUCACCAAAGAGGACAGACAGAUGGAGAAUAAGCACAUGAAAGAUGUUUAACUUAAUUAAUUAGAGUUAUGCAAGUUAAAACCACAUGAGACGUCACUACACACACAUUAGAAUGACUAAAAUAAAAAUGGUGAUAAUAUCAAAUGCUGGUGAGGAUGUGGAAAACUGGAUCACUCCUCCAUUGCUGGUGG